AUGAAUAAAAAAAGUCCCGGCGCCUGCCAGCCUGUGACCUCGCGGCGCCGCCUCUGCAGGUCUGCUGCGAUGCCUGUCGCGGUGGAGGACAUCAUGAGGCUCCUGUGCUCCGUUUCCGAGGAGAGGAAAAUGCGGGCGGCCGUCAAGCACUCUGGGAGGGGCGGCCUGGUCACAGGGGCCGUGGCCUUCGUUGGUGGUUUGGUGGGCGGGCCACCAGGACUAGCCGUUGGGGGGGCCGUCGGGGGUUUGUUAGGCGCUUGGAUGACAAGUGGACAGUUUAAGCCAGUUCCUCAGAUCAUAAUGGAGCUGCCAUCUCCUGAGCAUCAGAAGCUCCUUAACGAAGCCACUGCCAUCGUCAGGCGCCUGGAAUGGACAGACGCCGUGCAGCUGACCAUCCUGGUCAUGGGCAGUGAGGCCCUGCAGCAGCAGCUGCUGGCGAUGCUGGCCAACUACGUCACCAAGGAGCUCCAGGCGGAAGUGCAGUGCGACGGCUAG